AUGGAAGGUCAGGCCGCUUGCUACCCCUCCACCAUCUCCCUCCUGACAUGGACGACUGUAAAACGCAUGCAGAAGAAGGCGCACAGUUUGUCACCACAGCAAACCGAAACAGAUGCUGGUUCAACGCAUCAAGCCGCUCUCUGCCACCUAGCCAACUCCUUCAAUCCCUUCAGGUCCUUUACCUUACCUUACACCUCAGGUCAGCGCAUCGUUCGCUCUCCUGCACGGCUACCUCACUUCGCGUAUUACGACUGCGACGACGACCCAAUUGGCCCUCCCGACCCAGCCAUACCUCGGCUUUGCGCUCGUAGUCCCUCCCCGUUGACCUCCACUGUAUACAAUAUCUACGACGACCUCAUAGCCACAAAAGCCCCGUCGCAAUACUCGGCCAAGUCACUACACUACUUGAGCUUGAGGAAGGCGCAGAAAACUAAGGACGUGCGCGUACGGCUUGCCACCAGACUACCUCACCGGACGGGAACUCAUGGACAGGAGCUCCAACAGGACGACGUUGUCCUCAUCACGAGAUCAACGCUAGUCAAAAUCAGCACCUCAGCCGUCGCCUUUGUUCUCGAUUCCCUCGUUGCACUUCUCGAAGACAUAAUACGAAACUACAAAGGCCUUCCUCCGCCCGCCCAUCCUCCCCACGUUCUCCUUUCCGAAGUCUACGUCCUUGCCCUCGCUGCCGACUGCUGCACCGCCCAUUGGAACCAAAUCAAGGCACAAGGCAUCCGCCAACCUUCUGCCGAAGCAGACACUCGUCGUGUUACCUCAGCAAACCUCGCAAAUGUUCCCGAGCCGUUGGACGAAGCUCUUGUCAAUCGCGUCUUUGACUUAGUCAAGUGGCUUGUUGAGCCCAUUCCCGAGGGCUAUGUCUUACCCUCGUCUACCAUUCUAGACGAUACCUCGAGACACGCCGACUCCAUAGCCCGCUCCUCGGGCGGGCUUGCCUCGCCGCUCCCCGGUGAUACUGACGCUCCCGAGGACGACGGAACCCUGCCCACCACCCAAUUAGCCGUUUUGGAACCUUGCAUUAGGAUCAUCGUGGAAUACGUCACGGCCUCUACAUGGUCUUGCUCUUUUGACUAUUUCAGGAACGUCGUAUAUACCGUUCGCACUGCAGCUGUAGUGCAGGCUGCUCCUGGUCAGUCGGCCGCUACCCCCGACGACGACAAGGCUUCCCUGGCGGUGCUUAAGAUCCUGUCCUUCUUCUGGGUCGACGCCCAAAAGCUAGGUUUAAUAAUCCAGGAGAUAUGCUCCAGCUUCCUACAUUUCCGCAAAUCCUUCCAAAAUACUAUUGCCGUCGUCGCCCCCUUGUUAGUUACCAGGUGGCUCGAUCGAUAUCCACAUGAAUUCGUGCAGCAGCACACUUUACACAGGCGUCUCGACGGCGGCGCCGAUACUCUGUUUGACAUGACGCAGACGGUCGUUGACAAUGGCCGCAAGAAAGGAGUUCUAUACCCUUUGCAGACCACGUUAUUAUUCCUACUACCCGAUGUUUUCGAGGUGGCUAGCAAUCUCCGAGAGGCUAAGAGUAGCAGUAUGGCCAAGAAGGUCGGCUUUCUAGACAACUUGAGAAAGGCUCUGAGGAACAAGAACGAACAGGCCGCUUACUCGUUGGUGUCCCUCUUGAGAGCAUCUCGCCACUUCGUUGCCGAAGACGAUGCCGCAUUGGUGAGCUACGCCAUGGAUGUACAAGAAGAGGUCCGCGAGGCUGUCUUUCGGCGCGGCAACGAGUCCUCCUUAUUUGAUCAAGACUUGAUGACAGCUGCGUUUGUCAGCCUCGCUGAACUGAGUCUAGAAAGCUGUGUCGAUUCACUAAGAGAGUCAUAUCUUGGCCUCUCUUCCCCGCAGGCUUUCAAGACUGCCGUCGUUCAAGGUUGCCGUUACUUUGCCCGUCAAAACGACUCGCAUGUUUAUGAGCAGCUUUUUGCUGUCGCGGGUCCCUUCAUGCGGACGCAGCUCAAGGCUGUUGCGGACUUGCCAGCAGAAGCUACCGCCGUAGCUCUGGCACUACCACGUCGCGACUCGAACUUACACUCGUUCACAAAUAUGGCAUGCGAUGUUCUUAAGUUUCUGGAUGCUUCACCACGCUCUCUCUUCGACGGCGACAGCCAAAGCGAUACGGUUACCGGCGCUGCUGAUGAGGAUGUGUUUUUGUCCUUUCUCUCAUGCGUCGUGUCCGCCAACCCGACCAUCAGGAGACUCGCCACAGGUGUUGCGAAGCGUCUCUUUUCCGACAGCUCCAUCAUCGACACACUCCGUGCCCGUGGCAGACUGAGUUCUGUUGCACUGAGAAGGGAAUUUUGGAGACGCAGGUAUGAAGACCGCAGCUCUCUGGUAUUACUCAACAUGUGCAACGAUGUCACAUCUGAUGGCAACGGUUCAGAGGUGAAGGCUAUUCAUGAAUAUCUUGAAGCCCGGAAGUUCUUGCUGGCGUCACUGCGGGAGCUCUCCGAUAUGCCCGAAGGCGUACCCGAAAUAGAGGCAGCAUCCUCCAGACUUGAAACGACGCUCCUAGUCUCCUUAUGUUCAGCUGAUGUCGAAACCUGUCAGACGGUGACCUCGUGCAUAGGCCUCUUUUUCGAAGAGAACAACCUUGUGGACAUGACCUCUGACACAGCCAAAGUAUUUGCCUCACUGCUACGCAACGGCGAGGUGUACGGCGAGAUCGCAUCUCGAGCGUUCCGAUUCACAGGGCUCGUGGCUUUUCAAAAGAGGGUUCGCGGCUUGCUCCGCCGGUUGCAAUAUCCUACAAGCGGCAUCCUUUCGGCAUGGGAGUAUGGCUUCGAGCGAUGGCUUCUUCUUUCGAGAGAGGUCUCAAUGGCACCUGUUGAUGCUGUCGAUGAAAGAGCGCUGACCGAAUGGCGAAACUACUCGGGUUUUCUCGCAUCUCUCGGUGGGAUAUGCACGGCGAACCAGACAAUCAUCCUUGAGGAGCCAACACUGAACGGCCUGAGAUGGAUUGAUAAGCUCUCCUCUGAGAACCAUGAAGAACCCUUAUUGAGCAGGUAUCUGAAGUUGAGCAUCCAGCUUCUUGGAUGUGCAAGUAUCAGGAUCAGAGAAGCAACCAGGGAGGUUUUAUCAAGCGAGGUGUCAUCCACACUUUACCAAGCUCUCUUCAAAUCUCUCGAGUCUGAGCUUGAGGUCUUGUUCACCGGUGCACUAGCGCCGAGUGACAAGGCACAGGACGUCGAAAUUAUAUUUGCCGAGCAAGCCAUUUCUCUUCUGAAAGCGCUCGUGGAACGGCUCGAGAGCCCUUCAGACCUUGGUGCCGCUUCAGCCAUACAUCUUGGUGCUCUCGCACUCAAUUUCGCGAAGUUCCUCGAUGGCAUCACUGAUAGCACCAAUACCCUCCGAGUCAAGAUCAAGGUCUGUCAGCUGUGCGAGGCAGUAACGAAGAGGAAAGAACACUUAAACCUCAGAGAUGACGUGCGGAUCCGAAAUCAGCUCCUGGAGUAUAUCUUUGGCUGGAUUGCUCGGCCUCGGUCUCCGCGUCUUGACCCAGGUACCAACUCAAGUGGCCGUUUGGACGAAGUCGUGAGAGUGCAGAAGGACCUGGACAAGGCUUGCUUGAAGUCACUGGCCGAACUCACUUUCCGUCUUCCCUUGCAACCUGGCGAGGGCCAGACCGACGCUGGUACGAGCGAGCUCAAGUCACAGAUGUUUCAUACCUAUUUCAACAGAUUCCUUUCGCUACUCAACCACGAGUCUCUUGAAGGCGGGAGGAACGAUUUGCUGGCAGGAAUUUCCAGUCGCGAUGAGGGUGGAUCUUCGUCAGAAUUUGCUAUCACCAUUCUCUCAAAUCUCUUGAGUGCUAAUAUUGACGUCGGCCUGAAGCACUCUCUUAACAUUGGAUACCAUGACAAUGUCGAGAUCAGGACAGCCUUCGUCAAAGUCCUGUACAACAUCCUCAUUCAGGGAACGGAAUUCAGCAACCUAACAGACGCUGCCGUCAGUGAGAAGUAUGACGAAUUACUCGAGCUCCUCACCAAAGACAUGACAUUGGUAGCAGCGAUGAGCGCUGUGUGCCCAAGCAGCGAGGUUGACGAACUGACUGUCUCUCUGCUGACAAUCUUCGAACAUCGUGGUCUCAGCUUUGAACUGCUAGAAGUUCUCAUCAAGCAAGAGAUCGAAGAAACAGACAACGAAUCAGAGAUAUUACGGCGGACAUGCGUCGCAACCAAAAUGCUUUCCGUCUACGCUAAGUGGAAGGGACAACCGUACCUCAAGGCGACACUGCAAAAGGUCGUCGAAAGGUUGAUGUUGACUUCCAAAGACCUAGAUCUCGAGUUGGACCCCGCUCGCGUGAGUUCUACAGAUGAACUCCAGAAGAACGCCCUCCAGCUGCGUAUUGUAGCGAAGGUUUUCAUCGACGACAUUUGUGCAUCGUCCUCGACCAUGCCAGCCUCGUUCCGCAGGAUCUGCAAUAUCAUCUCUGCUGCCGUACUCCCACGGUUCCAGGAGGCCAAGUACACGGCUGUUGGGGCAUUCGUUUUCCUUCGAUUCUUCUGUCCAGCCAUUGUUGCGCCUGAAGUCGAAGGCUUAGUUACCACGACGCCGUCAAAGGAGAUGCGACGAGGGCUCCUACUCAUCGCGAAGGUCAUUCAGAACUUGGCAAACAAUGUUCUGUUUGGGGCCAAGGAGCCCUACAUGUUUCCCUUGAAUGACUUCCUUACUCAGAACAUCUACAAGGUGACAACCUUCUUACGCGAGAUUUCUGUGCCUCCAGAGAACCUCGAAACUCCUCCUACCAUCGAAUCCUUCGACUUCGGAUCUUGCGUUGCGCUACAUCGGUUUCUAUAUGACCAUUGGGAUCAUAUGCGCCAAAGACUUGUCACCCAAGAACGGAAGGACUUCGUGCGGUCGCCCGCUGAGGUGUCCCGGGGUCGGUCGCCUGUUCUCGAGCCUUUGCGCAAUCUCAUCACGAAUUUAGGCCCCCCGCCCUUGGCUGUGACUUGGAACAGACCACAAAUUUCGACAAACACUCCGCCUUCGUACUCAAGAUUUCAAAAUUUUAUGCUUCGAAACGCAUUCCGGAGUACUGAAUCCUUUAUCACUGCUAGAGCCGUCUAUGACGGAGGUGAAAGCAAGGACUCUCUUUCCAUAAUUUGCAUCAUCCUACGACACAUUGAUGCAGAGAGCAUAGACUACGAUACACUCUUGUACUGCUACCUAAAGAUCGCAAGUCGUCUGUGGCAUAAGCCCUUCGGCCUGCUCAUUGACGCCACUUGCUACAAUGGACAAAACGAACCCCAAGAUGAGCUCUUUAAGAAACUCGAACAGCUCACACCCGUGGAAUUAUCACGGAAUCUUGUCAGAGUCUAUGUCUACAACAUGAAUAGCGCCUUCAGGAAAUGCUUUCGGAGACUUCUACGGGUGUCUGCCAAGAGCGAUAGCAGUGUCUUCAAUCCGAAAAAUGUCGACUACCACUUGAUUGGUAGCCUUCAAGAUUUGCAGGCUCAUUUUCAUCUCAGCCAACUUCAUCUACCGAAAGAGACAAUCAGCGUUGUCACAGAUACCCGAUACGUGUUUCAACCCAUCACCCGACUGUCCAAGACAAAGGGUAAGAUUGAGGUUGUCAUCAAGGUUGGCAGCCAAUUUGUCCAGGUCACAACCACCAAGAAACAGGAGGUCUUCCCAGGCUAUCGGCUGAGCACGACUGUGAACGAUAUUUUCAGGUUAGGCGAAGUGGAAGAAGCUCCUACGUCAAUACAGACUGAAGAUGAUUCGGCCUUUGGUCUGCGUGCAGAUAAUGGCAAGAUUGUCAUGUACUUCACCAGCCCUAAGAAGGCCGACGUGCUCCAGACAAUACGCGGCGCAAAAGCCAAGUACGGCAAGGAUACAAGAGCGCACAAGGCCUACGAACGAUUGAUCCGUCCACAGGAUGUUCCGGGCACCUUGCUGAAUCUAGCCUUAACGAACCUGUCAAGCUCCGAUCACGUUCUCAGACUAUCGUCCUACAAUCUUCUUGGUGCUCUUUGUAAGGCCUUCAAGUUCGGCGCGGCUUCAAACUUGAUGUGCACCAAAGAUGUUUCCGUACCCAUGGACCCGUCUCAUUUCAUCAUCAAGAUUAGCAGGCAGUUGGCAACGUCCGAACCUCAACUGACCUUUGAUUUUUUGACCGAGUUCUUCGUCGGAUGGGAAACCUUUACUGACGAGCAGAAGCCGCUCAGCCUGGCAUAUAUGGCCCCAUGGCUGCCCGGCUUACGCACUGGAGUUUUGGCAAACGAAUCCGAUGCCGAGAAGGGAAAGGAAAAGAUUGCAGCAUUGUUUCGCAAACUCAUAGAUGUGGCUAUGUCAGAUCACGGGCUUACGUAUACGCUUGAGCAAGCUGUCUGGCCCGGCAUCUACCAGGACGAAACAAUACUCGAUAUUUUCCUUGAGGAGCUCAUGAGAGCAGCUCUAAGCUUUGGGUUCUCUGAGGAGCCCAUGGAAGCUCUGUCAUCGAUCGUCUCCGGUAUGGGAAGCAUCACCCUGCGUGGUAAGGUGAUUUCCCGGCUACGCAAGGCGUUGAAUCGGUCUUCCCUCAGACCUACGAAAUACUUGCCUGACAAUACAGUGUGGGCCGAGAUCUGCGUUCUACUUCAUUUCUGUUUGUCAUUGUCGUUCGAUAAUGGCGUGCAGUCUCAGCUAUAUCUACCAGAAAUCUUUCACAUCGUCACAAUCUUGGCCAACACAGGCGCUCCGGAGGUUCGCUUGCUAGUGCAUAGGCUUCUUGUCAACACUGUGCACGCAGCUUGCACUUCUUUCAACCUAGACGAAACUCGGUUUAACAAACUCAGAGGUAGUUUAGACUUCCUCAGUGAGCCCAGGAGCGAGAUAUUCUCAACACCUCCCCCAUUCCUACGCGAUGGGGCCUCCAUGUCGACUACACAGGAUGCCGGGCCUUCACUGGCCGCCACUGAGAACCUAGCGGCAGUCUUGUUUGAGGUCUGCUCGGUAGCAGCGCUAUCUAUCGACAUCUCCAAUGCCUGGAGGUCACGCUGGAUGAGUCUGGUGGCCAGCACCGCAUUCCAAAACAACCCAGCUAUUCAACCCCGCGCUUUUGCCGUCAUGGGCUGCUUGGCACGAGAGGAGGUGGAUGACGACUUGCUUUAUCAAGUGCUUGUCGCUCUACGAAAUAGCGUCGGUCGCUUAGGAGACGACACGAACAGCGACAUGCUUAUUUCCAUUGUGACCUCUCUGUCCAAGAUGAUGGCAAAGCUCCCGUCGGCAUCUCGUUAUGGUCUGCAGCUCUUCUGGCUGGCCAUCUCCCUUCUAAGACUUGUACCUCCGGCCUUGUUCAAUUGCACAGCGCAAUUCCUGGAGGCCGUCAUGACUAACAUCAGCACUGUGGGUGAUCUGAGAGGGGACAAGAUGGGCCCUCUCCUUUUACAGGGCCGUGUCCAGCUCGAGGAAGCUGCUCUGCCUCUAGAUGACGCAUACGGCAUCCAUUUCACGCCUGAGAAUUUCCAUUUCGCAGUCUGCGCUUGUCUCGCUCGUGGUCUUGCGGACACUACCACGAAGACGAAUGCCAUGCGAGUACUCUCGGCCUUCCUAGACAUGGCUGGCAAUCCUGUCGGUGACGCUGGGAGCCCGCCUGACGACUUAUCUCGGUCGCCUUACAUGGCUCUUAUCCUCGCACGAACGGUCGAGAGCGAUGAGCUCAGGGACAAUCUAUGGCUUGCGGGUAUUGAUCCUUCCCUUUUACGAGAUGUCACUGGCCAGCAGAGAUACGAUGAUCUCGGCGGCAUGAAGGAUAAAGAUCUCCUCCUGAACACGGCCAUCGAGUUGAUUGACUUUCAGUACUUGGAGGAUGCACUGCAGAACCGGACAUUGCAGUGGCUGACGGAACUAGCAGCAGCUAGGCCGUCUGUGAUUAUGCACCUCUGUGGGCCUAUUGUUUCUAUCCUGGACGAUGUGCUUCUGCAUUGCCAGAAUUCGUCGACUUUGGAGUCUGCGCAAGACUUGCUACAUGCACUCACGUCAAAUCCAAAGUUCAGCACAGCGCUAGAGUCCACAGCCGUUUUGAAUGAGAUUCUUGAGGAUAUGGGUUUCAGCGGGUUGUGGCGUUCAUGUUCGUUCAACUUCAGCCAGGACCAGGAUAGGAAAUGUUUCCUUCUGACCGAGAAGCUGAUCGAACCACUUUCAGCCACAGGUGGCGCGCCACCUCCCAGCUCACCCAAGUCCAAGACAGAUUUGCCGCAGGCCCGUAUGAACCCGACCACCUACUCCCGAGGACCGACAAAGUUCCGUCCUUACUUGCCUCCUUUCAUCUUUUCCAUGCUCAUCCAGCUCACGGCGACGAACUCCCUCCACCAUCGCCCUAUCCGCCACCAUGUUGCGAAGCUCUGUGUCUCAUCAUCAUGCUUCUCUACCAUCGCGUCGCGGACCUCGACGAGGAAGCUCGCUGCUGCCCGUCGCCCCCUGGCCUUAACCAGCCAACGUCACUACGCGAGCGCGACCGACAAUGCACCAAACCCUAACGAUAACUUCCUGUCCGGCAACACUGCCAACUACAUUGACGAGAUGUACAUGCAGUGGAAGCAAGAUCCCAAGAGCGUCCACGUCUCAUGGCAAGUCUACUUCAAGAACAUGGAGAACGGCGACAUGCCCAUUGCCCAGGCUUUCACUCCUCCGCCUUCUCUGGUUCCUGGUGCCAUUGGCGGCGUUCCAGCACUCGGCGCUGGUCUUGGUCAGGGCUCUGAGAUUACAAACCAUCUCAAGGUCCAGCUUUUGGUGCGCGCCUACCAAGCUCGAGGCCACCACAAGGCCAACAUCGAUCCCCUUGGGAUUCGAAACGAGUCUCAGGGCUUCGGUAACAUCAAGCCUAAGGAACUGACUCUUGAGCACUAUCAAUUUUCUGAGAAGGAUCUUGACGCCGAGUACGAGCUUGGUCCUGGUAUCUUGCCGCGCUUCAAGAAGGAUGGUCGCGAGAAGAUGACCCUCCGCGAGAUCAUUGAUGCUUGCGAGAAGAUUUACUGCGGUGCCUACGGCAUUGAGUUCAUCCACAUUCCUGACAGAGAGAAGUGCGACUGGCUGCGUGAACGAAUCGAGGUCCCCCGACCUUUCAAGUACUCUAUCGACGAAAAGCGCCGCAUUCUCGAUCGUCUCAUCUGGAGUUCCAGCUUCGAAUCCUUCCUUGCCACGAAAUACCCGAACGAUAAGCGUUUCGGCCUCGAAGGCUGCGAGACUCUCGUCCCCGGUAUGAAGGCGUUGAUCGAUCGCAGCGUCGACUACGGCGUCAAGGACAUCGUCAUCGGCAUGCCUCACCGCGGUCGCCUAAAUGUUCUAAGCAACGUCGUAAGAAAGCCCAACGAGUCAAUCUUCAGCGAGUUCGCCGGAACUGCCGGCGCCGAGGACGAAGGCUCCGGUGACGUCAAGUACCAUCUUGGUAUGAACUUUGAGCGCCCUACACCCUCCGGCAAGCGCGUCCAGCUCUCCCUUGUCGCCAACCCUUCUCACUUGGAGGCUGAAGACCCUGUUGUGCUCGGCAAGACCCGCGCUAUCCAACACUACAACAAUGAUGAGAAGACGCAUCGCACAGCGAUGGGCGUUCUGCUCCACGGUGAUGCUGCCUUCGCCGCGCAAGGUGUUGUCUACGAAUGUCUUGGAUUCCACUCUCUUCCUGCCUUCUCUACCGGCGGUACAAUUCACCUUGUCGUCAACAACCAGAUUGGCUUCACUACCGAUCCCCGAUUUGCCCGCUCCACAGCUUACUGCACCGACAUCGCCAAGGCCAUCGACGCACCCGUCUUCCACGUCAACGCCGAUGACGUUGAGGCUGUCAACUUUGUGUGUCAGAUGGCUGCCGACUGGCGUGCUGAAUUCCAGCAAGAUGUCAUUGUCGACCUUGUUUGCUACCGAAAGCACGGUCACAACGAGACCGACCAGCCCUCUUUCACCCAGCCUCUCAUGUACAAGCGCAUCCAGGAUCAUGAGUCCCAGAUUGCCAUUUACGUCAACAAGCUUCUCGAGGACGGCAGCUUCACCAAAGAAGAUAUCGAGGAGCACAAGCAGUGGGUCUGGGGUAUGCUGGAGGAGAGUUUCUCCAAGUCCAAGGACUACCAACCCACCUCCAAGGAAUGGACCACCUCCGCGUGGAACGGUUUCAAGUCUCCCAAGGAGCUUGCAACUGAGGUCCUUCCUCACAACGAAACAAGCGUGGACAGCAAGACUUUGAACCACCUUGGCGAGGUCAUUGGCAGCACCCCCGAGGGCUUCCAGCCUCAUCGCAACCUCAAGCGUAUUCUGUCUAACAGGACCAAGUCUGUGGUCGAGGGCAAGAACAUCGACUUCCCCACUGCGGAAGCCCUUGCCUUUGGCUCCCUCGUCACUGAGGGCCACCACGUUCGUGUUUCUGGUCAAGAUGUUGAGCGUGGAACUUUCUCUCAGCGCCAUGCUGUCUUCCACGACCAGGAGACCGAAGACACUCACACUCCUCUUCAGCACGUCAGCAAGGACCAGGGCAAGUUUGUCAUCUCCAAUUCUUCCUUGAGCGAGUUUGGCGCUCUCGGUUUCGAGUACGGCUACUCUCUGUCUUCUCCCAAUGCUCUCGUCAUGUGGGAGGCUCAGUUCGGUGAUUUCGCCAACAACGCGCAGUGCAUCAUUGAUCAAUUCAUCGCUUCGGGUGAGGCCAAGUGGAUGCAAAGAACUGGUCUUGUCGUAUCUCUGCCCCACGGAUACGACGGUCAGGGUCCAGAGCAUUCUUCUGGUCGUCUCGAGAGAUGGCUACAGCUGAGCAACGAGGACCCUCGCGUUUUCCCCUCCCCUGAGAAGUUGGACCGCCAACACCAAGACUGCAACAUGCAGGUCGCGUACAUGACUAGCCCUUCCAACCUGUUCCACAUCCUUCGCAGACAAAUGCAUCGCCAAUUCCGCAAGCCUCUCAUUAUUUUCUUCUCCAAGGCUCUGCUUCGCCACCCAUUGGCCCGUUCCAACAUUGAGGAGUUCUCGGGCGACUCCCACUUCCGCUGGAUCAUCCCCGACCCGGAGCAUGAGACUGGCGUCAUCAAGCCUAAGGAGGAGAUUGAGCGCGUGAUUCUCUGCUCUGGCCAGGUUUGGGCUACUCUAUCCAAGUACCGCGCCGAUAACAAGAUCGACAACGUCGCGUUCACCCGCAUCGAGCAGCUGAACCCCUUCCCCUGGCAACAACUGAAGGAGAACCUCGACCAGUACCCCAACGCCAAGACCAUCGUCUACUGCCAAGAGGAGCCCCUGAACGCUGGUGCUUGGAGUUUCGUCCAGCCUCGCCUGGAGACCUUGCUCAAUAACACUCAGCAUCACGAUCGCAAGCACGUCAUGUACGCUGGCCGUGGCCCCAGUGCAUCUGUCGCCGCUGGUAACAAGGGUCUGCACAACAAGGAGGAGCAAGAGUUCCUGGAGAUGGCUUUCUCCGUCAAGCAGGACAAGCUGAAGGGCGAGUAA